AUGAAAAUUGAGAAAGUUGAUCCGUUUCAUGAGGCAAAACACGAAGUUGAUAUCUCAGUAAGUAAGCUGCAGAGUUUAUACAAUAACUGGAAUAGUAUGCCUGACAAGAAUUCCAUCUUAGCAAAAGAGAAAUAUUUUUUGAUAAAAGAAGAAAUAAAAUACUUGAAUGAAGAUCUAGAUGACUUGGAUAAUUCUGUUAAUGUUGUCAAGAAAAAUUCAUAUAAAUUUAAUAUUGGAUCUGAAGAACUUGAAAGCAGAUCACAAUCCAUAAAAAAAAUUCGUACCAUUCUGGGUGAUAUAACCAGUAAUUUAACCUAUAAGGUUUUAAGUUCAAAUACUUAUAUGAAUGGUGACUAUGACGAUGUCGUACAGAAAAGACAAGAUGACGACCUAGAUGAAUUAGCAGAAUCCGCAGAAAGGCUGCACAAUGCUGCAAUCACAAUCAACACAGAAUUAAAGGAUCAACAAAAACUACUUGACGAACUAGAGAACGAAAUGGAUAAUUCAAAUGAAAAAAUGAAUUUUGUAACAAGGAAGAUCUCGGAUUACCUAAAAACAAAUAAUUCAAAGGUUUUAUCAUUAAUAAUAUAUCUAACACUUAUCUCUUUUUUUUUAUUAAUUGUGCUUGUAGUUUCGUAA